GUUUUGUCGCCUGAAAUCUGAGGUACCAACUCUGCUGCAGCUCGGACCCAACUUUUUUCGACGGCGCAGCCGAACCUUGAGACGCGGGCUCACAUCACGGGAGCUUCGUGUUUGACAGCGGCGUCGGCACGAUGGCUUCUCUCAACCAAUGUCUUGCCUCGCUGGCAAGGCUUAGUCUGUCAACACCAGCCAGGCCGAUAUUAACCCCGACAAUACCCAAGUUUCUCAUUCCAUCGGCCACGGCCCCCUUGGUUCGACAUGCAUCUGGAGGGGGAGGCAUGCGCAAGCGGCCCGUAAAGAAAAAGAAGACGUACAAGACAUACAAGACCUGGGAUCUCUCAGAGAUUGAGCAAUUUUCGCUUUGCGACGCUCUCAGGUAUCUGCGUGCCUUCGAGGUUGGCCGUCCACCCGCAGUUGUCAAGUACGAGCUCGCCGUCAAGCUCAGAACACAGAAGGGCGGCCCUGUGAUCCGGAAUCGCAUCCGCCUUCCCUUCCCCGUCAAAACCGAUACCCGCAUUGGCGUCAUUUGCCCUGAGGACAGCCCCUUGAUGAUAGAAGCCCAGCAGCUCGGUGCCGUCGCAGUGGGACAAGAGAGCCUGUUCGAGAGCAUUCGUGCAGGCCAACUCCCUUUCAACAAGUUGAUAUGCCACGUGGACAGCGUUGAAGCCCUAAGAAAGGCAAAUCUUGGCAAGAUUCUCGGCCCGAAGGGUCUGAUGCCGAGCCCUAAGACGAAAACGAUCACAAGCGACUUGAAGGCUACCGUUCAGGAGCUCAUAGGCGCGGACGAGUAUAGGGAGCGGGACGGUGUGGUGAGGAUGGCAGUUGGUCAGCUGGGUUUCACGCCGCAGAUGCUAUCAGACAACAUCAAGUCCUUCAUGAACCUAUUGAAGCAGGACAUCAGCAACUCGGACGACAACCACCCAAAGGCGCUCGAUGAGGUCGUUCUGAGCUCAACCAACGGCCCUGGUUUCAGUCUAAACGGGUCUUUCCACCCAACUGACCCCAAGCUCAAGCCGGAGGACCUGCAAUCAGUCAUGUAGGACUCCUUGCAUAACGCAUGUAUAGUGUACCAUAAUUUCAUGAAAGCAAGGCGCGU